AUGGCGAAAUCUGAAAAGACCGUGGUGCCUAAGGGUCCAGCUAAAUACAAUGUCGGCUGGCGACGAGUGGUCCGCAAUUUCAGCCCAUCGUGGUUUGCAGUCACUAUGGGCACCGGAAUUGUCUCGGUUUUGUUUAAUUCCAUUCCAUUCUCCUCGCCAGUGCUCUUCUAUAUUUCCAUUGUCUUUUUCGUGUUGAAUGCUGUCAUUUUCGCCCUGGCCUUCAUCACCUCUCUCGUGCGAUACAUCUUGUAUCCCGAGAUAUGGCGAGUCAUGAUCCAAGAUCCGACAAACUCGCUCUUCCUAGCGACUGUUCCCAUGGGCUUCGCUACUCUUAUUGAGAUGUGGGUUUUUGUCUGUGUUCCCCGCUGGGGAGAAUGGGCUUCGUCUUUUGUAUGGGCAUUAUGGAUAGUGGAUGUUGUCGCCGCAGCUUCGGUGACACUUUCACUGUCGUUUAUAUUGAUAUCGCAAAAGUAUAUCACCUCUUUAGACCGGAUCACAGCGCUUCAAUUGCUACCCAUAGCCGCAACAAUCGUCGCGGCCGGCGUAGGUGCAGAGGUCGCCAAUAUUCUACCUAACAAGACUCACGCAAUGGGAACCCUUUUAGUUUCCUUUGUCCUAUGGGGAAUGGGUACACCUUUAGCAUUGGCAGUACUCGUCAUUUACUAUCAGCGACUGGCGGUGCACAAGCUUCCUCCACGCGAGGCCAUCGUGAGCUGCUUCCUGCCCUUGGGGCCAUUAGGCUUUGGUGGUUUUGGUAUCGUCUAUAUUGGGAAAGUAGCUCGGGAACUCUUCCAAGACUCCGACAUUCUCGAUCCCAUUGCCGGGUCGAUGGCUCAUGUACUUGGCGUCUUUAUAUCUCUACUGAUGUGGAGCUUUGGGCUCAUCUGGCUGGUUUUCGCCCUUGUGACUGUUUUAUACAGUUGUCCUUUUCCUUUCAACAUGGGCUGGUGGGGAUUUACAUUCCCGCUGGGUGUCUAUGCAGCCAAUACAAUGGAGUUAGGAAAGGAGUUGGACCUCAUGUUUUUCAAGGUCUUUGGAACAGUUCUCAGUGCCGCUGUUCUGUUAUUGUGGGUUUUGGUGGCGUUUCGAACAGCGCUAGGAGCGUGGCGUGGACAUUUGUUCUAUGCGCCUUGUUUACAAAACUUGGCUCUGAAAGAGGAUGAAACAGAGGGUGAGCGCCUUCGAGCAUAG